UAAGGGUGUGUCAAGCGGUGACUGUGCAGUGAAGUGAACAGUCGAACAUUCAUUGUGGAUGAAUGAACGAUAGGAAAGCCGCCGGUUAGUUCACGACUGAACGAUAACGUACACAUACCGGCAUGGCAAUUUGUACGAUUGUGCCUUGAGUUCAUAUAUUAGUACUGCCUGCUCCGAACCGACUUCAAGUCAACUGAAUAGUUAAUGUUUGCAAAUGCACAGCUAAUCUUUUUAAAAAAGUCUUUAUAAUUUGAAGAAUGUAAAACUAAUCAUUUACAUUGGAAAACAAGAGUCUGUAAUAAGCGCCUAUUGAGCAGAGUUAGAAAAUAAUUUAGUAAAGACGUAUAUAAAUAACCGCGACAUGAUCUGUGUUUUUCGUGCGCUCAUUCCUCUGUAAUUGUAAACUAUCCGCCUCUACUGUAGUAGCCGGUGUAAAAGCGGCCAUUGUGAUGGUGGUCAGUUAGAGUAGUGCAGUAGUGGUUUAUAUAGUGAGUGGUGAUUUGUGUAGUAGUGGACAGUACAGUGUUGGCCAGUGUAGAGGUGGUGAGCGCAGUGGUGGUCAGUGCAGUGGUGACUAGCUCAGUGGUGGACAGUGUCGUUGUGAGGUCACAAGGUGCAGCAGGAUGAACACCUUUACGUUCAUCACCACGCAUCACUCAAUUCCCAAAGCAGAACUGCAACAUCAAGAACAUCCAGAGUAACGGGGGACGGCAGGUGAGGAGGGGAGGGGCGGGCGGAAUGGGCGACGGGAGUCAUCCCUUCGUCAGGACCUCGCCCUUCUCUUCGUCCUCCUCCUCCCCCAUCAUCACCCAGCCCGGCUCACGCCAACACCCGUCAUCCCAGCAACCUUUAUCUACGAACGCUGUCAUCCCCCAGCACGGCUCACUUCAACACCUGCCACUCCAUCAUCAUCCCUCCACUCCCCCAUUCCAUCAACACAACAGCUAUGAGUCACCCAACCACACGCUACGGUUACCCCAAACUCAAUGCUCUGUUUCACUUCACUCGCAGCACGUUAGCCAUCCGCCUGCUAGUCAGUAUCCGUUGAGUGAAACCAAGUACGACACUAAAGAUCUUCAUCAGAAGACAAAAUCAUUGCCAGGAUAUUACGUGCGACCGAACCCUCAUUCUACCCCGCAAACUUCUUUUCGAGAAGCGUUUGCCAACAGAAGUCCAACGCCCACCAGAAAUUCCAAUGGCGUACCCAUCAAUCCUAAUGCCUCUGUUCGCGCACUGCACUGCCAGGAUGGAUUCAAUCCAGCAUCAUUUUACAUGAACGGUGGAACAUCUCGAGAUGAUCUUGGUGCUCAAGAUAAAAGGCACACUGAAAUACUUCCUCAAAAUCGACAGCCUGUUUCGCCACGAGCGCUUCCUCUUGAGCAACCCUUCAAUGCGGGCUCCAACCCUGCGGCUCAUUCAACACCUCACAACAAACCUCAAAGGCCACAACAACCUCUGCCCACCUCGGUUGAAAAUGGUCAAAUGCAACGAAAACCAGUUCGUUACUCCACACCAGAAAAUUAUCAGUCAAAAGACCGAAAUGAAAAUUCCAUCGAAAAGAAGAGCAAGCGUUCCCUCUUGGAAAUGUUCAAAAAACGCCGGAAAAAUGAUUCGAAAGAUUCCCCAAGCAGUGGCGACGAACAGAAAACUAAAGCUAUACCCCCCACGCAAGCAAGCCCAACAGGGGCGACCAUAUCUACAUCGUCAACGUCCCGUCCUUCAUCUAGAUUCACCGUGUCUCGAGAUGGACACACCAUAGUUAGAGUCGCGCCUGAAAAAAUCCUAGCACGCAACAACAACUCUACCGCAUCUUUGGGGCAGCCUUUGGGAAUUCCUGUUCUUAUUCCAGCUCCAGGAGAACUUAGUAAGAAAGCUGUUUCAGCCUCGCAUGAUUCAAUUAUGCCCAAUUUAGCCGGGCAGUUCUUCAGCUCUAACAACGAUCAUCCUAGCACUUUGAGCAAACGAUCCUCCAGUAUCGAUAAUGUUGCUAGGAAAGAGCGUCGGCAAGCAUUGAAAACCCGAGCUGAAAGUAUCCGUACGAAAGUGCGUGAUUCUAGUUCUGAUGAGGACGAAAAAUCUAUUUCUUCUCAAUCGAUGUACGGAAGUGGGCACAGUCUCAAUAGAACUGGGUCGUUAACUCGACGAUCUAAGGCAGCACGAACGGAGAGGUACUUGCGUAGGAAAUCUCACGAGCUCGAGACCUUGCGAAAUGAGACCGAGAAAGACAAAAAGAAUAAGGCUGCAGUCCAAGCUAGAAUUUUGGAAAUUCAGAAACUUCAAAAGCUUGAAUCUGAAAGAAACAGAAAAACAGACGAAGAAAAGAGUGGACAAGAACCUCACAAACCUCCAAAGCCGAGAUGGUCAGCUGACGUUGUCUAUCAAGAAUCAAAUGAAUUUGAUUCCGUCGUUUUGCAAACGCCACCAGCAACUCCCGACUCGAGUCGUCGAGCCAACAUUGCGACCGGAAUGCCAGACACUUCUCGCCAGAAUAUUGCGCAGAUGAGGCAUUUUCAUUCGGUCCACAUCAAAAAUACUGCGCACUCUAACAGUAAUCAAAAUGGCUUCAGAUCUACCCUGGGGGAUUACAACGGGAACAUGUCGCUUAAUAGACGACUGCCGUGUGACACGUUGAGUAUGGGUGACCUAAAGAAUCAUAGAAGUGUCUCCUAUGACUGCGACAUCAACAAACCCAACACUCCACCCUCCAGUGACCCUGGCAAAUCUCGAGCUACGCCUCCUCCUCCACCUCCCAGAGAACGAAGACUGAUAGUUUCUCCUGCUGAUCAUCGUCCAUUUUCGUACUCCUUUGAAAACUUACACCGCGAAUCUCCCAGUGGCAGUCAAAAUCAGUUGAACAAAUGCACGACAGCGAGCCAAGGUAUCCGUGCUAUUCUGUCCCAAACCAGACAGUCCACAGUGAUGCCUUUGUCAUCACCGAGCACAUCGAUUGCGGAUUCUCAGGUUUUGUCUCAAAUUCAUUCUGUAUCGUUGCCUCCACUUCCUGCCACGUAUCACGCACAAUCUCCUCAAGCACAAAUAAACAGAGAACAAAACUUUACCUUUGCAAGCCAGAAAGUAGAAGCUCCUUCGCCUCAAUCGGAUGUCAAUGAAAACGAUCGGAUCGGACAAAUAAAUGUCGUCUGGAGACAGAAAAUUAAUCAGCGGGAUAACUCAAGGACGUGCCCUGCUGCGUACAUGGUCAACGGAAAUAUUGUGAGCGACUCCUCGAGAUCAAGUACUCCAAAGGCUGAUGGAACCGCUCAGCAAGCAGUAUUUAACGAUGUUUUAAUUAAUAAAAUGAAAUUAAAGGGCAAUUCCAUCAAGGCCGAGUCCACUAGUUCGUUGUCUAGUCGUAGUGACUUAGCUAGUCCAGUUUCCAGACCAACACCUGCUAAACGCACCCAAUUUUUGACGCGAGAAGCUAAGCAUUCGGAAGGAACCUCUGAGGCCACGAACGGGUCGCGUCACAAUAUGGCUUCUCUUGAAAAGGCCAAAAGGGAAAUGCAACUGAUUUUAGAAAAGGAAAGAAACUUGCUACAAACUAAAGCUGAAAAGCAGAGGCAGUUUGAAGAAGCAUAUCGAAGAGAAAAGAGAAAACUCGAAAAAAGUCGGUGCGCCAAUUUUGAGGAGGCUUUGCAUGAAUUGGAGGAGCUUUAUCGAAGCUUGAAGCUUGACGGAGAUGACAGUCUAGACGACAGUCAGGAGUUUCAUGAUGAUGGGUUGGCCAGCGCUACUCAAAAUGACAGAGGCCGAUCGCGCACUCCGAGCACUGGCCGCAAAAAAGAUCACUCGAAUUCUGGAAAAGAUGAUAUGCAUUACCGUAGGUGUCUUCAAAGUGCCAAGACUUCAUCAGAUGCUUUGAAGGCUCUUCAAAUUACCCCUAGUUAUCUCUUGAUAUCGCAAGCCCACCUCUCAGCCUCUGAGCCAGAGUUGAGUCAACCGAGAGGGUCAAAGCAUGAGCCUGACAUCGUUCAUGACGAUGCUUCCUUACGUAGCAUCAAGAGAGCCAACGCAUUGAAAGUCAUAGAUCCUCAACCACCCUUUGGCAUCCCAAUUGGACCUACGACCCAAGCUUCUCCCAAUAAUUACCUACAUCUUCAGCCAAAUGAUCUCUGUAAGUCCAAGUCUUUGCCACGGGCGGUGCCUGAUCCUGCGAUGGAUGAUCUAGCGUUCAGGAACCUAAGACGGGAUCAGCGUGGAAAGUCUAUUAACGCUUCAGGAUUCGAUGAGUUAUUUUCGGAAUGCAACGAUUCGGCUACCAGGCGAAACAUGCGCUCUCAGUCAGCGGAUCGAGUAAAGGUUCACAAACCCACACGUGGAGAUCAGAACCGUUCCCAAACGCCGAGAAAAGUAAAACAUCACAACGAAGCCAAGAGAAAUGGUCAUCGUGAUUUACCAUUUGAUGAGAGUAGCUCUGAUGUCCAGUAUCUGCGCAGCAACCGUAAUACUCCCAGCUGGCUUGACCGCGCUCACCUCAAUGAUCCUGAAAUAAAUGCUGAUCUUAGCUCGACGAAAGCUGUGUCCCAGCCGGACAUUCGCAGUGCCAUCAUCAGAGAAGCGCGGGCUCCGACUGGAGGACCCGAUGAAUUCUCUAUGGACAUGCUAGCUUUGACAUGCGAGGUGCCAUUUUUUUCUGAUACUUCUAGCGCCCACGGCACAUCUACUGAUCUCACUGCUCCACGCCUAGUCAAAAUCCAAGCUCUUAACCACGCUUCGACUAAUGAGGGUUUAAUCACCAAAACCUUGUAUAGGCCCUCUGACAGUGUCUUCAACAAUAAGCCUAAGCCGUUUUAUUUGAUAGAGAAAAAGGCUGAAGAUCGUAAACCAAUGACAACUCCUGCCUUACCCACAGUUGAUAGUACGGCAUCCGCAGCUUCAGCACUCCCUGUCGCUCAACUCGAGUCGCUCAUUUCGACAAUUUCUAACACCGAGAAUGACGAUGAAGUUUACAAACCGCAAACUAAACCCACUACUUACAGUCGAGUCUACGCCCCAAGUUAUAGAACUCGUUCUUCUUCUGCCGAUCGAUCACGAUCUUCGGAAAUAACAUCUGAAGUUGCGAACACAAGUUUGGAAAAGAAGUCACCGGCCAACAUUCAUCUUGCGGAAAAACCUCGAUCACCUGAAAACACAACUGGUAUAAAUGAUGAAAGCCAGAACCCAUUAAGUGCCUACCAGAAGUAUGAAGUUAAGAGCGCCAAACACAAUAUCAUGAAUGCCAUCCGCUUGUCGAUGGCUAUGGGAUCAGCGAGCAGUGAAGGUCGUUGCGCUGACAGAAGUGAUGACAAUUGUAAAGCAUCCAUGGUUAAGGCCUCGCCCAAACCACCUGCGAGGUCCUCUUCCAUCCCGCCACCGGGUCAUGGCAGUCGUCGUGACUCUUGGUCUUCCCAAAACGCACCUUUGGAUCACAAGGAAGAAUUAAUUGAAAAUAGCGUAAAAGUUUCAUCGCUGGAGAAUUGUUCUGAUUUGUGUAAUGAGAAUGCACACUUAGUUCAAUCCUCCGCUGCAGACAAAAAUGAUAUUAUACUCGGUGGAGACAUUAUAAUAAAAAAUUAUACUGAAUCCUCUAAGCCGGUUGAAAGCGGAUCGUCAGAGGAAGCACAACAUUUGGCAAAGAAUACUAAGAAUACAAAUGACUUCUGUAAUGCAGAAAUACUGGAAGAAGUCAGAACAAUCACUGAUAAAUCAGAGUUGGUGUACUCUAACGAGCCGCGGUACUUGAGGAGUGAUGAUGAAACGGAAGACGAAAGCCAUUCAGAAUACGAAAGCAUGAAUCAUCAGGACGACGAUCGCUCUGAGAUUCUUGCUCAAGAACAAACACAUUCGGGGAUGACCAUUGCCAACGCCUCGAAGAUCGUUCUCGACGUGGCCGUUGAGCUAAGCAGUCAGAUUUAUCAUGGGACUUCGACCAAGACGAACCAAGUAGACGAGGGUAUUGACAAUCCACACGAGGCUUCGAAUGAAGCUAAGAAAAAUGAACUUAAUAAAAGGAAGGAUAUGAUGCUCAAAGUUACUCCAAGCCCAAGCAAAAUAGUGAGAGCAGAAAAGUCUAGUAAAAAGUUAUCUUUUCGAGAUAUUGAUUGCAGUUUUACCAAAGAUUUUCAACAGUUGCAAACGACUCGUCAGAAUUGUAACUUUGCUUCAGAGUUACCCACCGUUCAGUCCAGUAGUGCCGAGAACAUUGUCCAAAAAUCCAGCAGUAUGUACACAGGGUCUACAGCUAUUGAAUCUGCCUUAAUUUCUAAGAAUUUACCCCACAAAAUGGACGAAGACUUUGAAAGGGUUGAAAAAAUUCGCAGUGAACCUUCUCAGAGGCGCAUAUCAGGAGAAAGCGAAUUUUAUUCGACGAAAUUUGCAGCUUCUACGACUCAAAGCGGUAUUUUGUUAAACCCUGACAUCAAGGAAACUGCCAAAAAUAAAUCGAUUAGCUGCGCUCUUAUGAAACCGCAUUCAGUCCAAUCACUGAUAAAAAUUCAUGCCGUUGAAUUUGUUGAUCCUGAUGAACUAGAUAUGGAAAUUCCGCCUGACUCUUGCUCACUUGAGCAACAAAUGAAUGUUUCGGAGGCAAAAAGUAAUUCGGCAGAGAUGCUGGAGCUUGAUGGAUAUCAACACGACGAAUUGCAAGCCGAUAUAGGUCUUGAAAAAAAUGAGGUUUGUGAUACUUCAAAGGGAGAUCAGUUGAAGCGACAAACCAACCAUGUUGACGUCUGUGUGAAGCGGCUUAUAAAAUUCCAUGACAAUGAAACAAAUGAGGAAUGUAAAGAAGUCACGUCUGGCAUGAAUCCAAGGCAUGAAGAAAUGGCCAAACCUUUACAAUUAGAGUCCUCAGUCACACAUCAACAUCAAGAUACCUCGGGAAAUCUUCAACAUCAAGACGCUUCGGAAAAUCAUCGACAUCAAGACGCCUCAGACAAUCAUCGACAUCAAGACGCCUCAGAAAAUCAUCGACAUAAAGAUGCCUCAGAAAAUCAUCGACAUCAAGACGCCUCAGACAAUCAUCAACAUCAAGAUGCCUCAGAAAAUAGUCAAAAUCAAGACGCGUCAGAAAAUAGUCAAAAUCAAGACGCGUCAGAAAAUAGUCAAAAUCAAGACGCGUCAGAAAAUCAUCAAGACUAUUCAGAAAAUCAUACCCAACUGGACGAUGUUCGCGAGGCACCUUAUCCGCCUGUCGAGCCAUUAUCACGGGAAAGUCACACGCCGGAUCUUGUCCGUCCACAGUCGUCAGAUGACGUAACAGCUAACGACGUAGAACAGUGUGUCCAGGUGAAGAACAGGUGAACAGCCAAUUGAUGAGGAACAGGUGAAGAGCAAGUAAACUGACUAAACAGUUGAUCAAAAAACGAACGACCUAUUCAGAUGAAAACCCAGCAAACCGUCUUCAUUGAACAAGAGCUGGACAGCUGUUGAAGCGAGGAGUAUGUCUGUUCGCGUCAGCAACACGUCGAGAGUUCCUACCGUCGCUCCUCCCCCUACUAAAACUAUUCUUAAUCAAGCGAUGGUUGCAGUGAACCCACGCCUCAAGUUCUGUGCUUGUCUCGUAGCCACAGCUGAUAAAUGGUUUCAAUCAACGUUAACUUAUACAUCUUAUCUCAUAUAAAUAUUCAACGCAAACUUGAUUAUCCUCUUUAUUGUCACCAGGUACAGCAUUCGCCGAUGCAUGCAUAUUCUAUGAUUAUAGACGUUCCGAUGAUCGUACAUGCUUAGAUCAUCGUACAAUUAUUUAUAUUUGCGAUGACUCUCAUGCAUUAUUGCAACGAUUAUCGCCAAACCGUCGACUAUCGUAGAAUUAUGAUGUAGCUUUUAAGCCAUCGACGGUAAACGAUAAUUCGCUGAUAGAGGUAUUAAUAAAAUAUUAUGUACGAAACAUGUAAAAAUUUGUUUCUGUGCCAAAUUUAGUUUAUUUUAUCAAUGAAAUUAAAAAGAUUUGAUGAGAGCAUUGCGCAUAAGGUCAUUAUAGUUUUGUAAGUGCAUGAUAAAAUAACAUGGUCACUCAUUGUUUUCAUUGUGGAGUGGUUUGCGAGGAAAGAUCUUGCAAAGAGUCCGCUCGAAGUGAGAGAGGGAGCCCUGAUGAAACUUGAGUUAGGGUAGGUUAGCUUGUAAGCAAACGUGUGCCAUUUGUACAGCGUAGAAUUUAAGUUAUUGGAUACAGAAUGCAGAAAGGUGUUAUAGGUUACACUAUGCAGCAGUAGCGACUUCCGUUUUACUCCACAACGUGAGGAUAACAUAAAAAUAGUAUGGGGACAGCGCCAAGUUUACAAUCUUAUAAGUACGUUGGGUGUACAGCGACUUGAUAUAUGUAUUAUUUAGCGUGCGGGCCUUGAACAUUACAGUGUGUGGACUGAUGAUGCUUUGCGUUAUAUUUCUCCAUUUAUGUACAGUGAAGUCAACAGUUGGCUUACAGUAUAGAUCAGCAAAGCUUUAUACUUGCACCACGGCAUCUUCUCCCAAAACGAUUUACCUGGCAAACCGUUCUUGUCUGCUGACGGGCAAAUUUAAAAUUCAUGUCUCUCUUGAAAAUUGUUGCAGGUUGAUAAGCAUUAUCGUCUAAACUAUAGUAAAUUGGUACAUUAACACGGUUUAGUUUUCUUUCCGAUUGGAAACAAUAAGGGAUUAAAUAAAUCGUAGGUAAUUCGUUGAUUGCUGAAUUGUGGCCAUUGGUAAUUAAUUAAUGAUAAUUUUAUUGCUUAUUUUAUAUAGUUUUUGUAUGCUUCCCCUCAAUAAAUUAAUAAAGAGGUGAAGUGCAUCGUGAUCGUUUGCUGUGCCUCUGCCAUCCAAAUAUACUCUACUAAACGUC